AUGUCUCGAACCAAUUUACUAAGUUUUCCAGGCCAGGGCUCUAAAAUUCUUUUAGAAAGAUUGAAUCAUUGGUGUGCCAAUGUACCUACUUUUAAUAAUACCAAUUUGAUCAAUGAGUUCAAGAAUAACCUCGAAAAACCUGAGUCUGUUGCCGGCUGCUCCAAUCUUUUGCAUAAGUAUUGGCUGAGUAAGAAUGAGAGAAACAAAAGUGGAACAACAUAUGUAAUUGGACAUUCUCUUGGCGAAUUGAAUGCCUUAAAUGCGAGUGUCAAUGGAAUAGCUUUUCAGUGUAGAGAUGUCAUGAACAUUGCAUCUUUUAGGAACAAUUUAAUGAUUCAAGCCAAACAAGAUUAUAUGAGGAAGAAUACUCUUAAGGAUGAAAGCUACGAAUUAUGGGCCAUUACCAACUUUCGAAGUAAGGAUUUAAGAAAGGACCUAUUACAACUCUUGAAAGACAGCGAUGCCAACAGCGUCAAACUAGCGAAUGAUAAUGCAGUAAACCAAUGUGUGGUUACAGGACUUUCUUCGGAUAUUAAUAAAUUUAAAGAGUACUGCCAAUUAUGUAAAUUGAAACUCAAGUUCUCUCAACUAUCAAAUCCGUUUUCGAUACCGUUCCACAAUAGUAACAUAUUAAGACCAAUACAGGAACCUUUGUAUGACUACAUCUGGGAUAUCUUAAAGGAAAAUGGCAUGCAACAACUGGCUAAUGAAAAAGUUGAGAAUCCUAUCAUCUCGAAUGUCGAUGGGAAAUUAACUAACGACUUUCAUACUGCAUUAGAGAAAUUUGUCGUAGGCAGCUCAGAGAUUGUCAACUUUGUUGCUUCGUGCCACACCAUAGCAUCUGAGUUGGACAUGGAAGAAGCUUAUCAUUUCGGUCCGGGAAAUUCAAUUGGUAAAUUGAUUGAGCGUAACCUGAAAGGUUUUAGCUCAGCUGUUACACACCACUAUAUCGAUUGA